AUGGCGUCCAGCGCGUUCUACCGCGGGCGCGAUGAGCCCCUCGGUGUGAAGGUGCAGCACCUGCCGCACAACCUGGCGCAGUAUGUCGCGGCGCUGGAGCACCGCGUGCAGGCCGAGCGGGCACGCGCCGAGCGCACUCGCUCUGCGGCGCCGCGUGGGGACGAGGCGCGCGUGCGCGGCCUGCUCGCCGGUGUGCGCUUUGCGCAGCGCAUGGCCGCGGAAAUAUCGACGCCAGCGCACCUUGUCGCGCGCAUUAACGCGGUGCGUGAUGCCGCCGAGGCUCUGGGAUGGGCCGAGCGGCCUCUCCACGCCACGCUCUCCGACGCCGACACUUACUGGGACGACUACCUCCGCCACGAGCCGCCGCGAGCUGCCGCGCAGGCCCCCUCCAGCGAACCCGAAGCGCCGACCCUGCGGCAGCGGCGGCCGCCGGCCGACGACGCGCCUGCCGCCAAGGCGUCCGACGACGCCCGGCCUGCGACGCUCACGAGCGACCGAUCCUUACAAGAAUCGCUCUCUGCCGAGCUUCUGCGCAUGGCCGGUGUGCUGCGGCAGAACUCGGCUGCGUUUGCCGAUGCGCUGGAGCGUGACCGCCAGCUGGUGGAACAGGCCGGCACCGGCCUGGAGCAGAACUUGGAUCUCAUGACACGCACGCGCGGGCAGCUAGGCGUGUUCACGAGGAAGGCGCGGCGGAUGGGCUGGUUCACGCUCGGGAGCAUCGCUAGUGUCGUGGUGUGCUGGAUGGUUCUAUUUGUCGUCAUCCGCCUCACCUAG